GCAUGUUUCUGAAAAGGUGAAGAUAAGGGGUAUGUGAUGCACGCACUAGAGGGUUCUUACCUCAACCCUUUACAUGCUAUUGAAGUACUUGAAGAAAAGGCCCUCGUAAAUACUAGUGAAUCUGGAAAGAUUUGGAUGCAUGACUUGCUGGAGGAAAUGGGAAAAGAAAUUGUUCGUAAAGAGUCACCCGCAGAUGCUGGCAGACGUAGCAGACUAUGGUUUCAUGAGGAUGUUUAUCGUGUUUUAACCGAAAAUACAGGCUCAAAAAAAGUUAAAGGCAUCAGAGUAGAGCUACCAAGAGAAGAUGAGAUAUGCUUGAGUGCUAAAUGCUUUAAAAAGAUGAAAAAUCUUCAACUUUUUAUAAACAUUAAUGCACGCUUCUCUGGAGAGGUUAAUUAUCUCCCAAAUCAGUUGAGGUUCCUUGAUUGGCCUGGAUUCCCAGCACAAUAUUUGCCAUCCGACUUCAAUCCACAAAAACUAGUCAAGCUCAAUAUGCCAAACAGUCGUAUCUCACGACUUGGGCAAGGACUCAAGAAUUUGCAAAAUUUGAAAUCUCUAAGCUUCAGAAGUUGCAAAUUCCUAAGAGAAUUCCCCGACUUGUCUGGAAUGUUCCCAAAUUUGGAGAGGUUGGAUUUAAAUUCCUGUACAAGUUUAGCUGAAUUGCAUCCUUCUGUUGGAUUCCUUGAUAAGCUUGUUGACUUCAUUCUUAAAGAUUGCUCUAACCUUAAGAUGUUUCCAAAAAUAGUCAACAUGAAAUCUCUGCAAAAUAUUGAUUUGAGAGGCUGCAAGAGGCUCAAGCACUUCCCAGAAAUUGAGGGAAGGAUGGAAUCCUUUACACACAUGAAUGUAUCUGAAACUGCCAUCAAAGAAGUGCCAUCAUCAAUUGGACAUGAUCUAUUUAAUCUUCAAUUUUUUAUGUUACAAAAAGGUGAAAACCUUUCGAAUCUGCCACUCAGCAUUUAUGAGUUACAAAAGCUAGUUUAUUUUGAACUCACUGGUUGCCCAAAACUGGUGCUUCCAUUUCCGAAUAAGGUGAAAUACUGUGAAGUGCCAACUCCAACGUCUAACUCAAAGAUUUCACGUUGCAGCAAGGUAACUUCAUCAGAAAGAGAAAGUCAUAGUGACAGUUUUGGUGCUGAUGAUGAUCAAGGCAAUUUAGCGUUUCCUUCACUAGAGUACUUUGAAGCGGGAGGAUGCAAUAUUUCAAACUGUGAUUUCCUCGUGACGCUUGGUUGUGCCUCCACCUUAGACACGCUUAAUUUUUCAGAAAGCAAUUUUGUUAGUCUUCCCGCUUGCCUUGCUACCAAGUUUAUCCACUUGAAGAAGCUUAACUUGAAUGGGUGCAAAAGGCUUCAAGAGGUUCCGGGGCUUCCACCAAAUUUGGUAGCAUUAGAUGUGAGAGAUUGCGUAUCAUUGGAAAGAAUUUCAAAGUUAUCAAACAUUUUGAAACAUCAAGAAUCGCAAAUGUUUGAGUGGUUGGACUUGACCAAUUGUUGGAGACUGUGUGACAAUCUGGUUCAGGAGGCACAGAAGAAGUUUGAUCAUCAUGUGGAGGCCCAUCUCUUCUCUCUUUUUCUCUCUUCUCAGAAGUCUGCAUUCGGGGUUGUAUGUCCAGCAAUUCAUGAAAUUCCAAUGUGGUUCAGUUGUCAAAUGGAUUUCAUAGGGAAUGGACUGUUUGAAUUUUAUAUUCAAGUCCUCCCUAAUUUCAAAUGGCACAACACAGGAUUGGCUCUAUGUGUUGCUGGCGAAGAGGUGCUAGAUUGGCAAUUCGAAAUUCGUAUCAAUGAAGCAAGAGUGACAGAUCGUUGUUUCUAUGAAGGUGAUUCGGCUCUUCUGGGGAUGCAGUAUAUUCCGUUCGAUACAAUUCCAUUUGAUUCGCUGCCACCGUUUAUCUGUCGAGUUAGUAUUCAACAAAAUCUCCGUUCCAACAAGGUUCCCUUGAAACGCUGCGGAGUUCACCUGGUUAUGCCACCAAAUGAAGUGUGUAUGAAACUAUCCCGGGCACUGAACUUCAGGAAUAGACUCAAAGCAGUGGACCAUUUUUAUGAACCCAAAUCAAAUGACUCUCACAGCUCAAGAGAAGAAGGACCCGUCAGGACUCAAGAGCCGAAUUGAUUUUUAAUUGGAUCAAUGAAAUGGAUGGUCACAGGAUUGCUGAUGCUGAAGGACCAAGUGUUGUCAAUAAGAUCUGUAGCAUCACCGCGCUUGCCUUGGUGCAUCACUGGAAUGACCACAGGAGUGAAGGCACUAAUUCCGUGACUUGCUGGAUAAAGGUGAAGAAAUCAGUCUUGUUGAUCAAGUCAGAUGCUAAACUGCGAUAUUAUCCCAUCAUGAACUUGUGGACACUUUCAAGUCUCAACAGUGCUGUUUUGAACAUAAAUUGUUGUUGUUUGCUUCGUUGUGAUUCCCUUUUGUGGUUUUACUCAAUUUGAGAUGCUAUCUGGUUAUUUUCUCAUACUCUCACUGUCUUCCAUGUAAAUGAAUCAAAGCAUGA